GCAGGCGGCGCGCGGCGGGAAACGGCGGCGCGCGAGCCGGGGUGUCCCGAGUCUCGGGAGCGGCUCCGAACGGCCCCGGAGCCGGAGCUGGCCCUGGGAGCGGCAGCGGCACCCCAGACCCGAUUCCUUCCUCCGUGCAGCCCCGCCGGGCGCUUCUGCGCGUCUUCAGUGAGGUGUAGCCUCUGGAGAAGUAGCUGUGCGUGCGGAGUGCUGUUUGGUGCCGGUUUCCGCGUGAGUUGCUACAGCUUUCCCAUGGGGAUGGAAACAGCUGUCAGAAGAUACGAAACAAGAAAUAAGACAGCCGGGACAGAGCUGGCAUCACCCAAAUCCCGAGUCGAUUGGAGACGAACUAGAAGAGCGCUCCUACUGCCGGACAGCAAUGACGAAUCCUCAGCCACCUCUGAGGAGGAGGAGGAGGAGGAGUCUGCCACAUCCGAAAGUGAAAUAGAUGAGGAAGAUCCGACGGCUGUGGAGGGCAGUCCUUCGGGUCAGGAGGAGAAAGACCCCCAUGGGGAAGUAGCAGAAGAUGGGGACGAUGAGAGCGUUGUGCCUGGGAAGCGCAAGAGGUUGAGAACCUCUGUCAUGUACGACAGCGAUGAAAGUGAGGGCAGUGACAUACUUGUUAGAAAGGUUUCUGCCAAGCGCCGCUGUAUAAUGGAUGACAAUGAGAGUUCUGAAGAACAGCAGCCUGAUCAAACGUGCCCUACAGACAAUGUUUCUACUAGCAGGAAACAGAAGGUGCUUGCAAAAUUGAAGGAACUUGUAAGACGCAGCACAGCUCGGAGAUCCCGCAGCAGUGCAAAUUGUGAGGAUUCUAAUAGUGAAGCAGCAAUAGAAGAGGAGCCAUUCUGUCAGGUGCCCCUCACACCAUCAGAAGGCAGUGAAACUGAUGGUGACAGCAUGAAAGAUUUUAUAAUAGACGAAGAGGAAAACAGUGAUGAUGGUGAUGACAUUGACAACACAGAGCAUGUGAAGAAUGAUAAUCAGCCACAUCAAAAGCAACCAAAUCCAUCAAACAGUGAGCUGCUGGCACACUACAUCCCACAGUUAUCUCACUGUGAUCAUUAUGUACACUUCAAAAGAAUAGUAAAGGCUUUCCUCAUAAAUGCAAUUGAUGACACUUUUCUGAGCUCAUUAUAUGAUGGAACGAGACAAAAGAAGUAUGCACAAGAGAUGCUGCUCUCACUUAAUUAUUUGGACAACCGCUUCAUUCAGCCUCGUCUUGAGAACUUAAUCUGUACAAGUCGCUGGAAGGAUCGAUACAAGGAGCGUGUGGAUUGUUACCCAGAUGUUUGCAUAAGCUUGCAAAGUGCAAAAAAUAUGUCUUGUCAGGCCUGUGAGCUGAAGCGGUGGUGUAAGUUCAAUGUGCUGCUCUCUGGAAGGCUUUAUAAUAGUAAAACUUUGGAAGUGGAUGACUUCAUGUCAGGUGAUAAACAGGUUUUGAAGGUUGGUACGGUGUGUGCAAAUCGUACAAGAGUUUAUCACAACUUGAAACACUUCAAGUACAAGUUAUACAUGAAUUGCAGCUCCAUUGUUGAAUUGGAUGGUGUUGAGGAUGAACCAGUCAAAGACACUGUAGAGCGGCUUUUCAGCCACUUGGAAGAGACUGGAUGGAUUCAGAAGAGAUACAAUGAUCUUGAAGAUUACCUGGAAGAUGCAGACAAUUUCCAAGAAGAGAAAAUUGAUUAAGAGGUUAUAUAGCUCUUUGAAAGACAUCUUUAAAAAUGUGAAUGGCCUACUUCAUCUGCAUGCACUUUAUCUCUGCGUGGACUUCAAGAUUUCUAUGUAGGCUGUUACAUGUAAAUUCAUAUGCCUUUAAAUUACUCGUUGAUAACAUGCUGUAUCUCUUUUUUCCUCAUCUGUGUCAAUACAAAUCCAAAGUUUUACCAAAUCAGUCCUUGCAGUCUUACUGCAUUAAUCACUUUAGUUUUCCUAUUGUUAGAAAUAUCAGUUCAAUAUCUAUUUACUUGUGAAAUAAAACUUCCACUUAUUCAGAUUGAGCUGCAUUGUAGAGAACACAGGAGAUGCUGAGAUCUUUUGAAGUGGAUGUAUUUGGAAAGGUAAGACUUUGUUAUACCAGAACUUAGGACUUAUAUCUUACCUUCCUUAUUGCUCAUUAUGUGCAAGUAAGUCCAGUCAGUUAGAAUGAUAGUUACAACAAACAGGACCCAAAUGCAAAGAUCUAUUUCUCCUCUGAGGAAUCAGUAUAGACAGUUGCAAGGCAACAGAGGAAAUAUUCUGCAGUCCUGACUGCAUUUGCAGCACAAUAGUCAUUCCUCUCUUGAGAAAGUGGGUGAUGAGUCACAGUAUGGGCGUCAUACAGACUGAGUCUGGCUCAGCCAUUUAAAUGAACACAUGGGCCCACAUUGCUGUCUCUGAUAAGUAGCUGGGGCAAUUUACUGAGAUUUUAAACAUCGGGUUACAUUGUGCAAACAUAAUGGCAGCAACUUGGAGUAAUCACAGUCCUAAGAGAAUGGGUUAAUAUGCCCAAUGAAGAUAAGCAAAAUUCUUGCAGUGUAACUUAAGAGAAGGUAGGAGUUAGUCAGAAACAGGAUGCAUGGCUUACCAGAAUUGCAUGAAACCCAAAUCAGAGUAGAUUUUCAAGGAUUUUGGAAGGGUUAAGUAUGGUACUGCCCAUUCUGAAAAAUUGCACAAGAACUAUAAAUGUGUACUCACAGUCCAGAAAGCCAGCUGUGUCCUGGGCUACAUCCAAAACAGCAUGGUCAGCAGGCUGAGAGAGGUGAUUCUGCCCCUCUACUCUUAUGAAACCCUACCUGGAAUGGUGCAUCCAGCUCUAGGGUCCUGGCACAGGAAAGACAGAACAUGCUGGAGCAAGUCCAGAGGAAGGUCACUCACUGAAUUGAUCAGAGGGCUGGCUAUAGAUAAGCUGAGAGAGUUGGGGUUGUUCAGUCUGGAGAAGGGAAAGCUCUGGGGUACCAUAUUGCAACCUUUAAAUAUUUAAAGGGGGCCUACAAGGAAGAUGAAGAAAGACUAAUACUUUUUGCCAAGGUCUGUAGUGAGAGGGCAACUGGUUUUGAACUCAAAGAAGGUAGGUAUAGAUGGAUGUAGAGGAAAAAAAUAUAACUGUGAGGUUGGUGAGGCACUGGCACAGGUUGCCCAGAGAAGGUGUGGAUGCCCCACCCCUGGAAGAGUGUUAAGGUUAGGUCAGGUUGGGACUUUGAGAAACCUGGUAUACUGGAAGAUAUUUCUGGCCAUUAUGAUCCUUAAAGGUCCCUUCCAACCCAAUUCAGUGUUUCUGUCCCUGUAUUUUGGACUGCAUAUAAAAAAAAAUCAGAUAUAGCCUAAGAUAAAAUUAAGGGCACAGCAUUUUGAAUCCUACAUCUUGCUGUAUUGCACAUACUCUAUUAGUCUUUUGUGGCUAAACUGCUUAGUGAAAGAUACUGUUAACACUCUGAAUCCUUUUAACAUGUUACUCUCUCAGCAGCAAAACUAAUGGAACCUGAUUUCUCAUAGAUUUGUCCAUAAGAAGUCACCACAUUUAUUUUGCCACUUUACUGGGAACAGAUAUCCAGAUUGGGUAUGCAACUGCUGCCAGAUGUAUUGCUUAACAAUGAACAUCUGCUGCCUUUUUACAUAGAGACUACCUUAGAUUUAUCAUUCACUAUUCUUUUUCUAGCAUUCAUUAUAAGAAAUUGACUGCUUUUACUUUUUUAAGGACUUGAAAUUCAGCAAUGCUUUAAAUGCUAUUAGGUUGAGUUAGUAACAUCAGUACUCCUUUGUACCACAUACAGGUACAAGAUAUAGAAAACCAAGAUGAAAAUUCCCAGUAAACAGAUUGAGACUUGCUCUGAAGUAAACUUAUGUUGAAAAUAUUCUUUCCAUACCUUAUCUGUGAGUUAGACGCAUAAAAUUCUGAGGUUUGGUAUGUCUUAUAUCUAUCUCCCUGGUUACCAAAGCUGAAGGUUUCCUUCUGUGUUCCUUCUCCUCCCUCAUCUCUGUUCUUCUGGGAAUAUUGGUGGGAACACACCCAUCAACUUAAAAGUACUCAGGAAUCCAUCUUGAAUAUAUCCCUUUCAGUUAUUGAUAUCUCACUUCUUUCUGUUAACAAAAUCUCUGUAUAGUUUGGUUUGCUCUCUAGAACAUAAUAUACCUUAAUUCUUACAAAGGAAAACCAUUAUGAAAUGAGUUCUGUACCAUGUAAUGGAAUAUGUCCUCUUAGAGCCUUCCUGACUGGUCCUAAGUUUUGCUACUCUGUGAAUUUUCUGAAAACUCAAGAUUAUGACUUUGCUUUAAAAUUUUGUUGUCAAAAUGAAUGGUUGAUCUCUCAUUUUGCUACAUUAAAACAAUUCACUACCAAAAUAAAAAAUAAGUUUGUGAAACUCUGGCUUGCUGAUUACAGGUAAUGUUUCAAGAAUACAUACAGUUUGAUUGGAAAUUGAAUUGGU